GCGAAGCCGAUAAUGACAAUUUUUAACGUAUUGUCAGAUCUCCACAUUUUUGAUCUUUUUUAGCAUAUUAGAAAAAGUUUCAGAUUAUAGUGCCCGUCUUUUAUUUCCCUAUGCUUACUGUUUGGAAUUGUUGAACAGGAUUUCCCUCCAAAUAAUUACCUUCGACUUUUAUUUAACGUGCAAAAUGCCACUGCUUAAGAAGAAGGUGUUUGAAAAGGCUUCUCCUCAAGAAUUCCUUAGAGAUGACGAGGAAGUUUUUUAUUGUGAACUAACAAAUGAAAUUUUUCGUAAUUAUGAAGAAUUUGCUGAGAGAAUGCUUCUCUGUACAUCCAUGGUAUGGACUUGUGCUAUGACAGGAAAGUCUAAUCUUACCUAUGAAGAAGCUCUGGAAAGUGAAGAAAAUGCCAGAAGAAGCAUCAGUGAGUUUCCUGUGGAACUCAGAAUUCCAGUACUAUAUGUUGCAACCAAGACCAAACGAACUGGGUUCGGUGAGAUGGCUGAAGAUGUGUUUUUAUACUGUAAAGACAGAUAUUUCAUUGGGGAAAAAUUAGAAUCUUCCUUCACUGGCAACAAAUGGGUUGAAUCCCAUGUACUCCAAGUGAUACCACCAAAUGAAGAAGAAAUAACAAAGAUGCGAUCUCAGAACGGAAAUUCUAAAAUUCCUGUUCCACCAGCAUCGAUGUAUAAAUAUGAAAUUGAGCAUUUAGAUGCAGAUGAUCAUGAUAUAAGCGAAAUAAUGAUAGUUGAUUACAAUCAACUAAGACGUAGAAAGGCAAAUUUUUCAAGAGAGAAAUGCAAACUGUUCCUGAAGCAGUAUGUUCAACAAGAUUCCAAUAUGCAUUGGAUAAUCAAACCAGCGGCUGUAACAGAAUUCGGUAUUGACAAAAUGAAAUUUGACAAAAUAUUUUGUGGUCCGGAACCAGCUUUCGAUCCUUCCAAGAGAUAUGAAAAGAAAUUGGAAAUGGCAUCAUCAGUUAAUGGGAAAAAAUCCCGGCAGGAAACCUUGGCUAAAUAUCUAACGAAGCUCAACGAACCUGCCAAGAUGAAUGGCACACCUAGUAAUGCAAAGACAAGUAAAGAGAGUGAGGCCAAGAGUGCCCAACUCCUGGAAGAAAUGGAAAAAAGGAAGGAGGAAUAUCUGAGGAUGAAACAGCAGAAAGAGGAGGAGCAAAAGUUGGUUGCUGCUCAGUUGAGGAAUUGGAACCAACCCAAAGAGGAUUUGGAACUUGAGGAUCAACAGCCUUUCCCAAACAUUCCAGAAUUGAGUUCAAAAAUACCAGAUAAGUAUAUGGGAGAUGUUAUAAUGCUGAUGGAAUUCAUAAAGUUAUUUUCAAGUUCUUUAACGCCUAAAAAAUUCAUUCAAGGUAAUGUCACAUUGAAAUUGAUGGAGCGGGCACUUUUGGAAGUGGAGGUGGCGGGUCCCCUUAUAGAUUUGAUUCAGAUGUUCCUCAGUGCGAUUUUGAAUGAGCAAAAGGAAGAGUUCCCAUGUAAGGCCACUUUCCUGAAAAGUAUAGAUGUGAGCAAUAUGACAGUUGGAGAAGCAGCUAGAUUUGCUACACUGGCAGCCCACUGGCCUAAGGAAUGUCAAGGGUUGUACUUGAGAGAACUUCCAUUGUACAGUUUGACAGUUUCUGAAGUAUUAAGAUUACACCUGCUCUCUUCAGGAGCGAAACUCCAAGAAUCCGGAGAAAAGAAAAGAUAUUAUUUGCGAGGUGGUUAUUCUAGUAAUGAUGAUCCUGGUCUCUCUUUGAGGGUUGAAAAACCGCACAUAAUCAAGGCUUUGGCAGUCAAGAAUGUAACACAAUUGAAAUUAAAAGAUAAAAUUGAAAUUCUCUCUUGUUUGAUGCAUCAACUCCUAACAUAUCCAAAUUACCGUGAUUCCACUGAAGACAGAAGGGAGAAGAAUCUGCAAGCGAAGUUAAAAGUGAAAAAUCUCCAAAGGGAGCUCAAAAAAUGUGAAACUGAGUUCAAUUCUUCCAUGUUUCAAUUGAAGAGAAGAAUCAAAAAAGAACCUAACGUUGAAAAAGAAAUGGAGGAGCUUAAAAAACAGAAUUUGAAGCAAAAAUCAAAAAUUAUCAGCGAUCUGGAAGAAAGUAGCAAAUAUGUUUAUGAAGAAGAAACACUCUUAGGAAUGGAUAGGGGGUUUAGGAAGUAUCAUAAACUUCAAUCGAUACCCGGAGUAUUCAUUGACAGCACAGAGGAAAACCCUGGAGUAUGUCUCCCAGAAAAAGUCAAACAAAUCCCAGAAUUAGUCAAGGCUGAUAGGCAAACAAUUUCGAAAUAUUUGGAGAAAAACAUUAAAUUGUUGAAAAUGAAAUCAUUGGGAGACGAAACACAACUAACAAACGGGACGAAAGAGAAUUCAGAUACUGAAUCGGUUUCUGCUAAAAUAAAUGGAGGUUUAGAGAAUGGCCAUGGUGUGGAGGAAUUGGAUCCUGACGAUGGCCUUUUGUUAUGCUCUGCUGAUCCACAGACCUGUAGUGUCCAUUCUGAAAAGAGAGAACAGUAUAAAUGGAGGUUAUUGUCGCAGCCUGAAUCUUUAGAUGAACUUAUGUCUGCCUUGAAUAAGAGGGGUAUUAGGGAAGGAGAAUUAAUUGACACUUUGCAAAUGGAUAAAGAACAACUGGAAUAUUUCAUCUCGAAAACGCCAGCUGAUGUCUGGUGCAAGGAGGAAGAUAUAGAUCCUCAGAUAAUAGCUAAAACUAAGAAAACGUACAUUGAGGCGAACUUUGGAUUCCCGGCAGGAACUCCCAUAGAUGAAAUCCUGCAGAACACCCUUACGGAUGAAAUUUUAGAGUUGGAUGAGAAAGUAUUCACGGGAAGUCUGGGUCAACUCAGAGUGAAGAAUAGAGAAGAAUGGAGAAACGCUCUGUCCAAUAAGGAUUACAAAAAUUUCGAUCGCGAGAUCAACAGGAGGGUAUACGAUGCCAAAGAAGAGUUAGUUGAUAAGGAAGAGGAAGAAGCUUCUGAGGAAGCGCUAGAAGUCAAAAAGCGAUUCGCCGAUCAAGAUCCCGGGAACUUUUUAGGUAUCAUCAAGGCGUCCGAGUCCGACUCUGAAACUGAAGGCGAAGAAGAGCGACCUAGCGAUAUUAAAGAAGCAGUAGAAUGUUUAGCAAUAGCGUUAGCCCAAGUGGCUCAUUCUAUAGAACCCAAAUUUCUAGAAAAACCUAUAGGCAACUCUGAGAGCAGAAAAGUGGCCACUUAUGUUCCAUCGAAAAAUCGUUUGGAAAAAUGGGAAAAAUCUUUGUUGGCAUCAACGAGUUUCAGUCAAAUUUUCUUGCAUUAUGGUACUUUAGAUGCAUCAAUUAUGUGGAGCAGAUCGACGCAUCAAGCAAAAUGCAGACACUGCAAUAGGAGGGGUGAUUCAGAAAAUAUGUUAUUAUGUGACAAUUGUAACAGAGGGUUCCACUUGUACUGUCUCAAACCUAAAUUGAAGAAAGUUCCAAAUGGAGACUGGUUUUGUGAUCAGUGCGAGGCUGUCAAAGAGAAGGAAGAAAGGCACAUCCUAUCCGAGGUGCUUCCGAAGAAAAAACAGAGGCUUUUCAAGGAAGAGGAAGAAGAGAAUGUACAGGAAGAAAUGCAAGACGUUGAUUCUAGUACAGAAGAAAUGAUGAAUGAAGUGUUACAAGUGGAACUCUGUCGUACCUGUAACAGUGGAGGAAUCUUGGUAACAUGCACAGAGUGUGAAACAAGUUAUCACAAAGAAUGUGUAGACCCACCCUUAUUACGAGUAAUGCCAAAGUGGAUCUGUAAUGAGUGCAAAAACAAUUCUGAAGACUAUGAAGAAGAACCAAGAUUAAAAGUACAAAAUAACAAUGACAAGGGUAGUAGGAGAUCAAGAAGAAGCGAUAAAGAGCCCAAGAGAUAUGAAGAAAAUGAAGAAAACUCGUCUGACUCUGACAACUACCCCUUGGUAAGAGCUCAUCGUGCUGUAGGCAUAAUAAAUAAUGAAAGGCGGAGUGCUGCAAAGGCUCGCCAUACCAUUUCCAACUUUGUCAAAUCGCUCCGUCGAUUAUCACCAUCCAAUGAUGAUUCAGACUCGGGGGAUUCAUCCAAAAAUUACUCAAAACGGAAGAGGUCCUUCAGGCGAGAAUGUGGUAGAGAUGACUUACCCCUUCACAAUGCAGCUUUACAAGAUCUAUUACAAGAAGUUAUGAAACAUCCAGAUGCUUGGCCGUUUUUGAGGCCAGUUAAAAAUUAUGAGGUUCCUGAUUACCACGAGCUGAUUAGUCAUCCAAUGGAUUUUGGAACUAUCAAAUAUAAAUUGAACAUGGGAGAAUACCAAACAGAUUCACAAGUGAUGAAUGAUGCGGCUUUAGUGUUUCAAAAUUGUAACACAUAUAAUCAAGCAAAUUCUGAAAUCCACAGGUGUGGGGAGAAAUUACUGAAAUCGUUUAGGAGUAAAUGUGAAGAAUUAGGACUUGAAUUACCUAGCAAGUUAGCAGAGGAAGGAGUAUCAGAUAGGAAGCGACGUAGGAAAUUGUAUUAAUUUAUAAACUCAUUUUAUAUUUACAAUUUUCUUUUUUGAUCACAGACCUUGAAUAAUACAGAACACUCUUUUACUUUUUUAACUUUAUUAUGUUUCACAAGAACCCUCAUGUAGAAUGUAUAUUUAUGAAUAGAUAAUUAAUUUUU